CCUUGCUCGUGCGACACGUCAUCAGCGGCGGUAAGAUGUCGGCGGGGCAGUGGGCGGCCUGCUCACUGUUGGCUUUCCUGCUGCUCGAUGGAGUUUGAAAGUAUUAUUCAGUGGUUACGUCAGCUUUACCAUGAAACUCCGCUCUCAGUGUGACAGGAAAGAUUCCAUUGAGCCCAGGGGACUGCCACAAACAAAGCAAUCAGCUACUGUAAUGCAGACUAACUCUAAGGAGAGUAUUACACAGUCAGGAAGCGGUGUACCAGUAACUCUGCAGACUGGGUUGCCAGCUAAAACCCCUUCUGAUCAAGCCAUCACAGGGAGUGGAGAGAUCCAGAUUCCAAUUGGGUCAGCACCAGCAGAGCAUGGGAGCAGGCAUGCAUCCCGAAGAUCACGUGGAAAUAUAUCUCUGCAAGCUCAUGGACACAGCCACAGGCCUGGCAGGACACAUUCUCACUGCACACCAGAGGGUUUAGAGACUCAAGAACCUGACUCCGAAGCAACAGAGCCCAGUAGCUCCAUAUCCGAAUUACGCCACCUGUUGCAAUGGUUGCACAAGAGCUUUCCAUUUAUUGUGAUUCUUUGUGCCAAACUUAUUGUCCAGCAUGCUUUAGGCAUCGCUGUGGGGAUUGGACUCCUUACAACAUUUCUUUAUGUAAAUAAAAGUAUUCAGAGUCAGGUUUUCUUACGGGAACGUCGCUCAAAGCUGCAGUGUUCUUGGCUUCUACUCUUCCUUACCAUGUCUUCCAUUUUGCUGUAUUGCACCUUCCAGUCAGAAUCCUUGUAUUACAGCCUAAUAUUCAUGACUCCAAAUAUCGAGCCUGUAGGAUUCUGGGACGUCUUGUGGAUAGUGGGUGUCACUGUCUUCAUACUGAAGUUUUGUACUAUGGGUGUGAAGUGCCUUAUUUUAUUACUGCCGGCUGCUAUUAACCCAUAUAGAUCACGGGGCUGCUGGUACAUGCUUACUGAGGAGGUCAGUCAGAUUUACCAGGCUAUUGUGCCAGUUCCUGUGUGGUUUCGAUACCUCAUUACAUACCAGGAAGAGGAUGGUUACACAGGAUUAACACUGGGAGUUGUCCUGGCUUUGGUCUACCUCAUGUUAAAGCUCCUUGGGCUUUAUGGGCAGUGGAGCUCCAUUCAGAAAGCUUUACAGGUUUUCCUUAACAAACAGCGCUAUGGAGUGAUGGCCACCAAGCACCAAUGUAGUGAAGCUGGUGACGUGUGUCCAGUGUGUCAGGCAGAGUUUUGUGAUCCCUGCCUUCUUGUCUGUCAGCACAUCUUCUGUGAAGAAUGUAUUUCCUUGUGGUUUAAUCUGGAAAAGACAUGCCCACUGUGCAGGACGGUAAUUACAGACAGCGUUCACAAGUGGAAAGAGGGAGCGACGUCACUCCAUCUGCAGAUCUACUGAGGAGCAAAAUGUAGGCCGACAAACAAGGCAGAAAGAGCAUCUGUGGAAGCAAUAACCUUCAAAGACCAUUUCCUUGGUUUGUGUUUUUCGCUUUGAUAACAGGAAACAAUUCUCUGGAAAUCUGAACAAAAAGGAAUAUUUAGCUGUACCACACAGUGGACAUGUUGCUUGCUGUAUUUCUUAAACAGCUGCACAACCUCUCUUUGUAUUUUGUUUUCUUAAGGUUUUUAAUCAUCAAAGAAAAGAAUGCAUGCUCGACAUUUUGAAAGUGUUGCUGUGCUGAAUGGGUUUGGUUUUGUCUGAAAAGCAAGGUUACGUUAGUUACCAUAGCUGGUGAACGUUUUAGGAAGGAGAAGGCAUGACUAGCGCUAUUCCAAGGGGACACCAGAUAGUACAGUGCUGCUCGGACAGUUUCAUUUGACACUUUUUCUUCAGUGUUUAACUAAAGGACCAUCCAGGCAGGGAGGACCAUCAAAGUAUGUUACAUUGUCACAAUUUGGCCUGUUGCUUUACUUUUGAUUUUAAACUCCUUGUUUCACAGUGAAAAUUUUAAGAGGCACAAAAGAUAAAAAGAUGUUUACAGAAUUAAAAAAAAAAAAAAUCUUUGGCUUCAGAUGGCUUGGGCCAUGGAGAUUAAAUUUUUAUUUCUAAAAAAAAUCUACAUAUAUAUUUGUAUUACUUUAUAUAAGAAAUCACUUUUACAGAGAUUGAUUCUUUAAAUAUGAAUGUUAAAAACUAAGGAAAUGUAAAGAUUUUGUAUGGGUCUUUUAGACUAAAGCAAUUUUAUACCAAAGAGCACUUCUUUAUGCAUGGGGGGUGAGGGCUUCUCUAGCGCCAGUGGUCUCAUUCUCUCGUUUUAGUUUCUUGUAUAAUUUUGCUUUUCUUUUGUGUUUGUGUUGGUUUUGUAGAAUAUUAAA